AGAAUUUUGAUGUGUACUUUUAUAGCAAUGUAAAUUAGACUUUUUUUUAUGCUUUCAUACAUUUCUUUUUUCAUGUGUCUCAUUUUUUUGCCAAUUUGAUGCAGUCAGAAUGAUCAACCUGUACAACACGUCCUCUUUUAUACAGCUACAAGGACUGGAUCUUUCACAUGAAAGUGCCUUUCCUGCUUUUCUCUUUGCAACUCUCAACUACAUGAUUAUUCUGUUCUGCAACCUCACUCUGAUCCUCACCAUUGUGCUGAACAAAUCUCUGCAUCAGCCCAUGCAUCUGUUCCUGGUGAAUCUUCCAGUCAAUGACCUGAUUGGUUCUUCAGCUUUUUUCCCACUGCUCAUCAAAGAGAUCCUGACCAACAGCAGGAUGAUCCAUUACUCCUCCUGUAUCGCACAAGCCUUCUUUAUCCACAUCUAUGCAGCCGGUUCUGUGUUUAUUCUGAGUGCUAUGGCGUACGACAGAUACGUUGCUAUAUGUCACCCAUUGCAGUACAACACUCUCAUGACUAACGCUAACAUUAUGAAAAUAAUCACAUUGGUGUGGUCGUCCUGUCUGGUUUUAAUUGGAGGUCUUUUUAUUCUUCUACUGCGUUUGCGCUUCUGUAGAUCUGAAAUGUCAAACCUCUACUGUGAUAAUUCUAGUUUGUUGAUGAUGGUUUGUGAUAACACAGUAAUAAACAACAUUUAUGGACUGUGCAUUAGCGCUUUUUCUCAAAUCAUAGCCAAUGGGAUGGUUUUAUUCACGUAUCUCCGGAUUCUGAUUGAGUGCUUUAGAUCCAAACAGACGGACACUAAAGCUAAAGCUCUGCAGACAUGUGCUACUCAUCUGUUUGUCUUUCUCAUGAUGGAGUGUUUGGGCCUUUUCACCAUCGUAUCAUACAGGAUACAGAACAUUUCACCACAUUUAAGAAGAUUCAUUGGUGUUUCUACGUUAAUCUUCCCCCCGACUUUAAAUCCAAUCAUCUAUGGACUGAGAACAAAAGAAAUUCGUGAAAAACUAGUGAAGGUUUUCAGGAAGAAACUGCACAUUUCUCGAUGUACUGUAUCGUAAUUAUGUUUAAUGGAUCUUCUCCUCUGUACAUAUAUGUCUUGAUACCAUAGAUGACAGAUGGCUAAAAUGAAAGUUGUCAUGCUUGCAUAUAGCUACUUGGCUAUUGUUUUAAUGAAAUUGAUGCAAAGCUAUAACUUUGCUUUUUCAGUUUUUGCUCUACGCAGAUUUAAUUUUAUUUUUGCUAGUAAAUAAG